AUGAUCGUCUUCGUUCAAGCGUUGCUGGUCACGUGCGCCUGGACGCUGGUGGGCGCGGGCAUCACGGAUCUGACGCCGUGCCCGCCGUCCGUGUUCAGGGACGCGUCGCGCGGCAAAUCCGUCGGCGGCGACACGUACCGCAAGAGGAUCGCCGACCGCUGUUCGAAGGUCGGCCGGGCGCAGCAGCAGCAGCAGCGCCCGGUGACGAUGAUGAUGAUGAUGAUCUCUCAGCCCUUCGUCUGGCCGCGAUUGCGAUGGCCGUUGACCGCUGAUGACCGUUCGCCGGCCACGCCACCGUACGCCGCCGAACCGGUCGUGGCAUCGCGUCCCGUCAAGGCCAAGCGUACCGUCGUCGAACGCCGAGUGGUCGUCAAUCUGCCCGGCUACGUUGUCAACCUACAGCUACGGUCGCGGCCGCCGCCGGUUCACCGUACAAGCACCACCGCCUCCGCCAGUUUUGCCAGGACGCAGAGGCCACCGUGCACCACCACCACUUGCGGUGCGACGACGUACAGGCCACCGCCGUCCAGUACUCCGUCUACGUGCACUACCGUUUGCGCUGCGACGCCCACUACCCCGUCACCGACACCACCGGCCACUACACCGUCGACGUGCACCACCACUUGCACUCCGACGCACACGUCACCGGCACCACCGGCCACUACACCGUCGACGUGCACCACCACUUGCACUGCGACGCACACUUCACCGACAUCACCACCCACUACCCCGUCGCCGACACUACCGCCCACUACCCCGUCGACGUGCACCACCGCUUGCGCUGAAACGCACACGUCGCCGACACCACCAUCGACUACCCCGUCGACGUGCACCACCACUUGCGCUGUGACGCACACGUCGACAACACCACCGCCCACUAAACCGUCGACGUGCACCACCACAUGCGCUGAGACACGAACACCACCAUCAUUACCGACAAUAACGUCUACGUUACGUUUCGGCUCUUCGGAUUUUUCGCAGACAAAGCCGAACCCAUGGAUGCGGACGACGGUUUCUUGUUGUCCGCAUCGGAUAGUCUCGGAAAACUCGUGGCCAUGGCGGGUGCAACCGUGGCCAAUGCAAAGCACCCCACCAGCGCCAUCGUGGACCCAGGGAAAUCAGCAUCCCUUUUCGGUCCAAUGGCCGCAAGUACAGGUCCUCGACAGAACAGGAUAG